AUGCCGGAGACAUCAGGAGCAUCGAAGAAAGAUAUUUUCAAUGAGCCACAUUGGACCAAGACACACAGUCAUCGGGUAGGGUUGCGAGACGGCGAUGACCGAUUCCCCGGUCUGACACAUUCCGGAGAUGACUGGCGGUUUGCAAUUGAAGAAGAGGCCGAGGAGAAGAUCCAAGAAUUGAAAGAAAAGGCAGCCCGCGGAGAACUGCUCACUGUUCGCGACUUCAUUGCCAAACAAGAGGACUUUGAAUUUAAACGACCAGAAGUCCAUCCGAAGAACCGGCGAUAUGUCCUGCACAUUACAGAAGAUUUUAUCAAAGAGGGACAAGGUUGGCUCAUUAACGAGAAAAAGCGCCAACACGAAGAAGAGAAACGGCAAACGCAGGACACAGACAAAGAAGAGGACUCGGAACCCGAAUCCAAGAAGGGAAAGAAAGAAAACGAGAGUAAACCUGAAUACAGCCCGGAGCAGCAGGCGUUUUUGCGGAAUUUAUGUGAGGAGGCGGAACAUAUACGCUCGAUGAAACAGAAUGACGGCAAAGGCCGUUCGCCUGCGUGGACUGAAAUGACGUCCACGCAAAUUGACGAGUUGGAUCAAUUCAGCCCAGAUAACUGGAUUGCGCGACCCGACACUCUAAUCCGAAUCACUGGUAAAAAUCCGUUGAACGCAGAGCCGGAUUUGUCACAGCUUUUUGAUGCAGGCCUUAUCACACCGAACCGACUUCAUUAUGUCCGAAAUCAUGGCUCAGUUCCGAACUUGGAGUGGGCGAAUCAUAAACUUGAGAUAUCAGCUGGAAGAUCUCUGGCACUUCUCAUGGAUGACCUAACAGACCAAUUUGAAAGCGUAAAUAUUCCGGUUCUUCUGGCCUGUGAUGGCAACCGCCGGAAGGAACUCAAUAUGAUUAGGCGGUCCAAAGGGUUCAAUUUCGGCCCUGGGGCUGUCAGUUGCGCGUACUGGAAAGGAGUUCUGUUGCGGGAUGUGCUUUUGAAAGCUGAUAUCAUGCAGUUAUUGGACGACUACCCAAGUGCGAGUCUUUGGGUUCAUUUUGAGGGCGCAGAUGAACUCAGCGAAGGGAGGUAUUCCACCUGUAUACCCUUGGAAUACGCUAUGGAUCCGAAUAACGACGUUUUGCUCGCUUAUGAAAUGAAUAACAGCCCUCUGCCAGCUGAUCAUGGAUAUCCGCUCCGACUGAUCAUCCCUGGAUAUAUUGGAGGUCGGUGCGUGAAGUGGCUGGCGAAUAUAUGGGUGACAGAUCGUGAGAAUGACAGUUACUACCAUAUAUAUGACAACCGUGUUCUUCCCCGCUUUGUGACAGAUCCGAACUCCGAAUUUGCGGACAUUUUAUUCCACAACCCGAGUACCAUCUGCAAUGAACAGGCAUUGAACUCUAUCAUUGUGAAACCAGCCCAAGGUGAGUCAAUAAGGCUCAUCGAUGUAAAGACAGGCCAAACAUAUCGGAUAGAAGGAUUUGCAUAUAGUGGAGGCGGGCAGGAAGUACAGCGUGUUGAGAUCAGCCUGGAUGGAGGUGAAAACUGGUUGUACUGCGUGCGGCGGUAUCCUGAAGCACCACUGCGGCACGGAAAGAAAUUUUGGACAUGGCUGUUUUGGCAUGUUGAUGUUGACCUUUCACGAAUGCUGGAGGCCCAAACCAUUACCGUGCGAUGCUUUGAUGUAGGUAAGAAUACGCAGCCUAAUACGCCUUCUUGGAAUUUGACAGGAAUGAUGAACAAUUGCCAGUACGUGGUCAAGCCACAAGUCAUCAACGCCCCUGACACAAACGAGUUGCUCUUGAUGUUUCGUCAUCCCUGCGAACCAGGUUCUGGAGAAGGCGGAUGGAUGAAACCAUCCACAGAGAUUCAAAUGGAGCAAGCUAAGCGCUCCGCAAUAGCUCCUCAGAAACAGUUCACUCGAGAGGAAAUAGAAAAUCAUUCCAGUGAACGGGACUGCUGGAUCGUGAUCAAUGAUAAAGUGUACGAUGCCACCAGUGUUCUGAGUUGGCACCCUGGUGGCAUAACACCGAUCCUCAAUCAUGCUGGGCGAGUUCAUUCGGAGACGACGGAGGCCUUUGAGAGUAUUCACGAUGACUUUGCCCAAAGGAAGUUGCAAGAAUGCGCCUUGGGAGUGGUGACCGACAAAGUAAAGGAAUUUAUGAAACACAUGGCCGAACAGAAAGCCAAACAGAGGGCUAUGUCGGCCAGAAGGGAUACGGAUGUAGCACUUAGCCGGCAUAAAUGGACAUUGGUGCGACUUGUGCGAAAAACCAAGAUUUCAGGGGAUACCAGUCGGUAUACAUUUCAACUGCCGCCGUCCUCCAAAACAUUAGGGUUGGAAACUGGUCAACAUGUGCAACUGGGAUUUCACUUCCGAGAUCGACUGGUUUUUCGUCCGUACACUCCCGUUUGGCCAAUCCUCUCGAGCCAAGACGGAGGAAGUUUCGAUCUAGUCGUAAAGACGUACUAUCCAGAUCCAGGACAGCCAGGAGGAACCAUGUCGAAUAUUCUGGACUGUCUUCGGGAGGGUGAAGUGGUGGAAGUGAAAGGACCAUCUGGGCAAAUCAGAUAUCAGGGUAAUGGGGAGAUCCUCGUUGACAACAAAAAGUAUUCUUUCGAUCGUGUCACCCUGAUUCUUGGUGGUUCAGGGAUAACCCCGGGGUACCAACUUGUCGCCAGGAUUCUAUUGACAGAGGAAGAUCGAACAGAAAUCAGGGUUAUCGAUGCCAACAAAACCGAGGAUGAUAUUCUAUUGCGUACAGAACUUGAUCAAUUUGCGCAAGACAACUCGGACCAAUUUAGUAUCAUCCAUGUUUUGUCUAAUCCGGGGAAAGAUUGGUCAGGCGAAACGGGCCAUGUAAACGAAAGGAUUCUCCGCCAGUAUGCGUUUGAACCAGACGAUAGAUCUGUGGCCCUCUUAUGCGGACCUCCAGCAAUGAUCAAGAAAGCGGUGCUGCCAGUACUUAAGGACUGGGGCUAUCAUGAAGACAAGAAUCUGUUUGGAUUCUAG